AAUAUAUUUUACAUAAUGUUAAAUUUUCAGAUAAAUAGUAAUGGUGCUGCUGCAAGAGAUGGAAGAUUGAAACCAGGAAUGAGAUUAAUUGAGGUGAAUGGUACUUCACUUUUGGGAGUUUCUCAUCAAGAAGCUGUCCACGCUCUUCGUAAUGCAGGUAGCGUGAUUCAGCUCAUAAUCUGCGAUGGUUAUGAACCAGAAGAAAUCGAAGACAUAAUGAAAUCUGCUCUUUCUCUUUCCUCAAUUGAUCGUGAAGAUGAAGAGACAGAAAUUAUUAGACAAGAGCAACAAAUGAUGGAAGAAACUAAUCAAUGGGAAAGAGAAAAACAAGUAAGUUUUGUUUACUUACACUUUCAUAAUAUACAGUAUUCAUAGUUUUUUUACAAUGCCUUCCUUUGCUCGUAAUUUAUUCCUUAUUUUUUUUUAUCAUUUAUAAAUAUUUUUUAAUUGCAUUUGAAGUGAAUUAAG